CCAAAAUUUGAGUAACACACAGAAAGAUAGAGUGAACCAACAUCAUCACUUUCUCCUUCUUCUUCUUCCCUAACAUUAACGUUGUUGUGUGUCCGAAUCCGAUGGACUUCACCACUUUCUCCAAUUCCAGAGCCUCUUCUCAUGCAAUUCCUACCCCACACCCUUUUCGCCUUCAACCCUCUUCUUUUUCUUUCCAGCUUCGAUUUUUGAAUUUAAAGCCUUUGGGCUUGGUUGAGAAUCGUUUGGUUGCCCGUUGCACUUCUGGGUCUGAUGAACUUGGCUCUGUUAAUGGGUUGCCAUUUACACCCAAUAAGCUUUUCGUGCAGGAGGCUAUUGGAGCUGAAUAUGGGGAAGGCUUUGAGACUUUUAGGGCAGAUGGACCAUUGAAAGUUGAUGUGGACUAUUUGAAUGAUAAAUUGCAAGAUGGUUUUCUUCAGCGCAUACGCUAUGCUAUGAAGCCAGAUGAAGCUUAUGGUCUUAUAUUCUCUUGGGACAAUGUGGUGGCUGAUACUCGAGCUCUGAAGAAGAAGGCAUGGAAGCAACUGGCGUCCGAAGAGGGGAAGGAUAUUCCUGAAGGCAGUGAUAUGCAAAGAUUAAUGCUUUAUGCCGGUGCUGAUCAUGUGUUACAUAAGCAUUUUCUCUCAGAUGGGGCAGAAAAUGAACUGGAUAGACUAAAAUUUAGGUUCUCUCAGUUAUAUUAUGAUAAUCUUCUAAAACUUGAAAGACCAAUGGAGGGCAUCAAAGACUGGUUGGAAGCUGUUUAUACAGCUCGCAUCCCUUGUGCUGUUGUUUCAAGUCUUGAUAGAAGAAAUAUGGUAGAAGCUUUGGAACGAAUGGGGCUCAAAAAGUAUUUCCAGGCAAUUGUGACAGAAGAGGAUGGAAUGGAAUCAAUAGCUCAUAGAUUCCUUUCUGCUGCUGUCAAGCUGGAUCGGAAACCUUCCAAGUGUGUAGUUUUUGAAGACGAUCCUAGAGGAGUAACCGCAGCACACAAUUGUACAAUGAUGGCUGUAGCAUUAAUUGGAGCUCAUCCCGCGUACGAUUUGGGGCAGGCUGAUCUUGCUGUAGCUAACUUUAGUGAACUUUCUGUGAUCAACUUGCGAAGACUAUUUGCUGACAAGGGUCCUACAUUUAUGGACCUGCAGAAGCAGUUCAUAGAGAAAAAUCCUCCGAAAAGGAAACUUACCAUAGACACCAUUUUCUAAUAUGUUUUCCUUCCCAUUCCCUUUUUUUCCCUUUAGUUUUCCUUGUAAUUAAAUGAUUAUGUAGCCUUAAUUUUUUUAAUAUCAAAUAAAAUUGCAAUCAGUUCGGUCUUAUGUAAUC